GUUCGACCAUUGUUUUUUCUCCAUGCUGUUCUGUCCGCAGUGUUCGAAUCUGUUGCUCAUUGAAAACGAAGGUGGACAGACCUUUUUCUGCCAAACAUGCCCUUACAUGUACAAUAUCCACUCUCGCCAUACCACUCGUAAACUGCUGCAAAGAAAGGAAGUCGACGACGUAUUGGGUGGUGCAGCGGCAUGGGAGAAUGUCGAUUCCACUGAAGUUACGUGUCCCAAGUGUGAACAUGAACGAGCGUACUUUAUGCAGAUCCAGAUCCGAUCCGCUGAUGAACCCAUGUCCAUCUUUUACAAAUGCUGCAAUGAAAACUGUCAGCAUCAAUGGCGCGAAGGCUAAAUCUGCUCUCGGUCUUAUUAUUCUGUUAUUACAAUUCUCUUCAUCGCCUCAUAUUCCCCCUUAACUUCAGCAUGCUUAUAAAAAUGUAUAUUUCUAG